AUGACUGGCACAGACGCUGGCUACGCAAUCCUCGGUGCAGGCAUUUUUGCGAAAAUCGCACAUCUACCCGCUCUUGCUGAGCUGGGUGCGGGCGGACUCAAGGCCGUGUACUCCCGUUCAGAGAAGUCGACGCGUGAGCUUGCCGCUCUUGCCCAGGAGAAGCUCGGUCUUUCGGCUCCGCCGGCCGUACACUAUGACUCUCCUUCGCCUCCUGCUGAGGCCACGCUCGAUGCUCUUCUCGCACGCGAAGACAUAAAGGCGGUGAUUGUUGUGCUUCCUAUCACCACUCAGCCUACUAUCGUCCUCAAGGCGCUUGAGGCUGGAAAGCACGUCAUCAGCGAGAAGCCUGUUGCUCCCGAUGUCAAGGCUGCGAAGGCGCUUAUCAAGGCAUACGAGGGCACAUACAAGUAUAAAGGCCUCAUCUGGCGUGUGGCGGAGAACUACGAGGCCGAGACCGGCUUCCAGAAGGUCGGGGCGCUCGUGAAAGAGGGGAAGAUUGGGGAUGUUACAGGCUUUAGAGUCCGUAUUGCAAACCAUAUGCAGGAGGACAAUGAAUGGUACAAGACGCCUUGGAGGACCGUUCCCGACUAUCAAGGCGGUUUCCUACUCGACGGCGGUGUGCACUUCGCCGCGGCCCUCCGUGUAAUGCUACCCUCGCCGAUCAUCAACCUCACUGGAUUCGCGGCUCUUCACCGCAAGUUCCUUGCGCCCCACGAUACUAUUCAUGCCGCUGUACGGACCGAAUCCGGCGCGUCCGGUACUUUCGAACUCACCUUCGCUGCCCCUUCAUCCGAUCUCGGAUCCGAUAACGGCUUCACCAUCAUCGGCAGCAAAGGCUUCAUCACUGUGCGCACGAGCGACGGAAAGCAGAAGAUCGAAGUCCAUGUCACUGAUGCGGAAACUGAGACGAUUGAAACUAAGCUGGCUGGCGUUGAGUUGGAGUUGAAGAGCUUCUUGAAGGCCAUUGCUGGGGAGGAUGAUGAUACCCAGGAGCCACGGAGCGCUCUGAAGGACCUUGCGUUCAUCGAGGCUGCGCUCACAAGCAACGGAUCUUUGGUCGAUCUGAGCUCAUUGGGGAGUAUGUAG